AUAGCCCCGGGUCUGAGAACAGGGUAUCAAGAGACAGCAAACGCUAAUUUAGCUACCCAACUAGCUUCCGGCGGCGCAAAUAGAUCUGGGGGGACUCCGUGUCAACUGAACUCGAUGAUUGUCGCCACUAUGAUAAAAAAUGGAGCUGUCGAGCGGAUAAUUAACGAUUUCGUUAGUGCGCUAAGAGAGAGAGCGAGAGUUCUUGCUGAAUCGAUCAAAACAUACCUUCCUGAGGGGACGCAGUACUCGGAAUGCAGGGGCGGGUAUUUUUCGUGGUGCACGCUUCCUGUUGGUUACGAUUCCUCGAAGAUCGUUGAGGAACUAAGACUCAAGGGUGUUUUGCUAGCAGACGGCUUGCACUUUGAAGUUACUGGUGACAAAAAAAUUGGGGUGAGCGCAGCGUGAGGCUUUCUAUAAGUUAUGCGACAGCAGCUGAAAUCCAAGAAGCUGUCAGAAGAUGGGGUCAAGUGUGCGAAAGGUAUAGACCUUCCAACAGCAAGGGAAGCUUGGAAAGGAGUUGUUCACAAAAAAACCUGCGCUGCCCCCCUCCAUUGAAUGCGAAAAUCUAG